GUGGCGAAGCUGGCCAUUAUCUUAAGCUAAAAGUCGGCUCGGACUUUUUCCUCUCCUCCCGUGCCUCUGAAAUGUUAUAUCAUUGAAUGCUAUUCUCGACAGAUUUGUUAAAAGUUUAAAUUGGCCAAACGUCAAAAAUGCCCCUAAAAACGUCUAAUUGCUCGAUCGCGACAAAGUCAUCGGAUCGAAAAUUAAAUUCAUCAUCGAGUCAACGAAAAUAUCGAGCUCAAGAGUACACCAUUCACAAGCCAAGCGAGUGUAAUCAGGUUCUGAACAAGAAGUCAAUUCAUUUAAAGCGAUGCACAUACGACAACAAAGAGAUAAUACGUGCUAUGGACAAGGAAGGCUUUCGAAGUCUACUCAUACCGUCGACAGAGCCAAACGUCUAUCCAAAAAUUAUCUCAAACACGGAGUUUACGAAUCUGCUCGAACGCACUCGUAAUCCAUCGAAACAGGAAAAAGAAGCGGCUCUCGCAGCUGCCGAACGAGAGAAAGAGCGUCUUCUACAGGAAUGUAUGGCACGCAAGGAGUCGAUCCGGCACAUGGAUUUGCAGAAGACUCGAGCGAAUCAGGGCCGCAUGUCCGAGAUCGAGAAGGAGGCGCGCGAGCGCACGAUGAACCUGUUGCAACGAGCACACGAUAUAGAACUCGAGAACGAGGAGCAAAUUAAGAAGUGCAACAAGCUCAUCCUCGAGACUAAAUGCCGAGCGGUACGCGAUGCUCAGAUUGCAGAGAAGAAGCUGCUGAAGCGGGAAGACGUGGCCGAGGAGCAGCGCGUUAACGAGCUGAUGGAGAAGGAGCGCGUGUCCGCGAUUCGCACGGAAGAGCUCAAGGCUAUCGAACGUGUAAAGAGCCGACAACAUUUUGCUGAGUUCCUGAAGAAGCAAAUCGAGGCGAACGAGCGGGAGCGGCUAUUGAUGUACGAACGCAAGCGCGAGGAGUCCCGCCUCGUCAACAUAAACAGCAUCGCCCAGCAGGAAGCGAAGCUAGAGAAGCAAAAGGAAAAGAUAGAGGAGAAGGAGAGAGCGCGACGGGCCCUCGCGCAGUGCAACGAGCAGCUCAAGCACAUCAAAGCCAUGGAGGAAGAGGAGAACCGCAUUAUGGACAUAAGGAUACAAAACUUUCACCGAGAGAAAGCCGAAAGAGAUGCCAAAAUAGCUGAAGAGCUUCGACAAGAACAUUUAAGAAAGGAGCGAGAAAAGCAUCGAAUAGCUGAACAAACAUCUCAAAGUCGUGAACUUCAAGCUCUGUUAGACGAUAUGAAUACAAUUAAAAUGCAAGAAGAUGUUGAGCGGGAGUGGCGACAACGAGAAAAGGAAAAGGCGUUAUUGCACGCUGAAAACCAGAAGAACCUGCGCUUGAUGAGAGAUCAGCAAAUUAUGAACAAAAUGCAAAUACAGGCAAUGGAAAGUGAGCGAGAGAAGCAGGAAUUCGAGAAGAUACUGAAGCUGCAGAAAGAGGCCGUUUGCCGGGAACAGAGGGAGCGCGACAUACACAGAAGCGAGAUUUUGAAACAGGUAAAUGAGAAAGAGAAAGAGAAAAUAAUGUCUCGUCAAAAAAUGUACGAAGAAGGUUUGGAAAUACGUGCUAAGAACGAAUUACGAAACCAAAGAAUUCGAGAAGCUAUGGAACGAAAAUAUCAGCAGAUGGUGGAAAACAAUGUACCAAACAAAUACGUAAACGAAGUUAAGCGUAAUAUCGAUAAGAUAAAAUGAACGUGAAAAAUUUAUAUAAAAAAUAUAUAUAUACAAGAAAUUUGUGUUACCGUCUAAUUGGGCAAGUACUUACUUGACUGUAUUAACUCAU